GUACUUGCUAUGAAGGACGGCUGCAAAACUCCGCGGACGUUUAAGCUGAGAGGACUCAGUAAGAUUUAACAGGCUAAACAGGUUUAGAAUCGGGCCGAGAGAAAGCUGCUUGAGUACGUAUGUAUGUACACAAGCGGCACCUUAACUGGAAACCUGGCUGGAAAGCUGUCCGUAGAUUUCAGCCCCUUUCUCUCUCUCCACCUGCCGCCGCAAGUUUCCCUCGCCCGGACCCUUCGAGGAGAAGCGGAGGACCUGCAACUGGCUCUGCAACUCCCAUCAGGCCCAACAACAACACCAACAACAACAACACUCAGCCCCGCACGGCCAGUACAGUAGCAAGGAAAAGGAGUGUCGAGUGCUCUAGUCAGGGGAAAACAUCUGGAGAGCAACCGUUUCGCCAUCAUUCUAUGCCUUCUCUCGAAGAUGGAGGCGUUUUAAGAACACAGAAAAGCUGUGACGCCAGGAAAUAACGUAAUAAAAUAACGGCAGUCUUCCCAAGUAAUUCAACUUAAAACCUUCUGUAAAGUACGAGUAGAAGGACACAGAGGGCGGAUUAAUGGUUAAAACAACGAGUAGCCUUGUGGCACCUUAAAGACCACGAAGUUCUAUCUGGCAGAAAGAAGCCUUCGUCCGUUUCUCAACUACGCGGCAGUCCGUGGCCAUAAGAAUUGGCCCCAGUCAUGCCGUAUUUCAGAGCAAGGGCAACUUUUAUCAACGCAGGGAUUGAGUCCAGUUUUUAUUUCAUCACUACUAUGACGGUCAAAACACUUUUUCGGUUUUUUGUGAAGAUUCUCAGUCCUCGAGGUGAGGUUAUCGGGAACCUGAGUCAUGACAACCGGCCUUUUCCGGGGUUGUGUCCGAUGGGCGGGCGCCCUUGCCCACCUUACCUACUUCAUUGCCGCCCCCUCUAAGAAGAAGGGAGUGAGAAGGAGACGCGCGAAGGAGGCGGGCCCAAAACAGCACGACCUUCCCUCCCUCUAUGUUUCUCUACGGCCAGGAGCUGCAAAACCGAACAAUAAAACGUUGCCGGUGGGGAUUGCUAUUGAGGUUGGCGCUGCAGCUCUGACGCUCAAAUUUCAGCGGGCGGGCGGGCGGUUUCUGCCAGGAGCCGAACUGGCCAUGGCGAAUUAUGUGAGCGAACUGGAGGUGGCCAAGAAGAACCUGAGCGAGGCUUUGGGCGAGAACGUGAAACAAUACUGGGCUAAUUUGAAGCUGUGGUUUAAACAGAAGAUCAGCAAAGAAGAAUUUGACUUGGAAGCCCGGAGGCUCCUCACACAAGAAAAUGUCCACUCCCAUAAUGAUUUUCUGUUGGCCAUUCUCACACGAUGCCAAAUCUUGGUUUCUGCACCUGAGGGUGCUGGGUCUCUGCCCUGGACAGGAGGUUCUGCAACAAAACCUGGAAAGCCCAAAGGGAAGAAAAAAUUUUCUUCAGUUCGGCAGAAGUUUGAUCACCGGUUCCAGCCACAGAAUCCCUUGUCUGGAGCCCAGCAGUUUGUGGCCAAGGACCCCCAAGAAGAUGAUGACCUGAAACUUUGUUCACAUACGAUGAUGCUUCCCACCUGGGGCCAGCUAGAGGGAAGAAUGAUUGUCACUGCUUAUGAGCACGGUCUGGAUAAUAUCACUGAGGAAGCAGUGACAGUUGUUGUUUUUGCGCUGGAGAAGCAUCUUAAGGACAUCCUUACAUGUAUAAUAUCAAAAAGAAAGGCCUAUCGCCUCAGAGAUGGUCACUUCAAAUAUGCCUUUGGAAGCAAUGUUAACCCCCAGCCUUAUCUGAAGAACAGUGUCAUUGCUUACAAUAACUUAACAGAGUGCCCUCCCACUUGCUUAGCUCCCCCACCAGGUCAAAACCUUGCUUCGCACCCACCUCCUGAUGAUGCUGAGCAGCAAGCAGCCCUCCUCCUUGCCUGUUCUGGGGAUACCUCACCAGGAACUCUGCCACCAGUGAAUAUGUAUGACCUCUUUGAAGCAUUGCAGAUCCACCGAGAAGUGGUUCCUGCUCAUACGGUCUAUGCUCUCAAUAUUGAAAGAGUUAUCUCAAAGCUUUGGCACCCAAACCAUGAAGAGCUGCAGCAAGACAAAAUCCACCGACAGCAUCUAGUGGCAAAGGAAGGACUCCUGAUGUGCUGAGGAAGCUACCUGUCUCCAUGGUGGCUGUAGGCAAAGUUGAUAUUUUGUGGAUCUGCCAGUUAGGCAUCUGGGCUUUGGGAUCACAGAACUUGCAUUAUUGUGCCAGCAUUUCCGUCUGGGAAUGUGGAUGUCUUUCCUAUGGAAACAUGACUUGAGAAAUCCCAUUUGCUACUAGAAAGCCAUACAAGUAUAAACAGAUUGCCUUGACUUCUUUAAGGCCUUAGGUGCUUUGUUGAGGUAAAGACAUUUUUACCAAAGUCAGCAGGAUAAAUAAAAGGAAAAGGGAUUUAGCUUACCACAGAGAGACCUGUUUGUUAUUCCCUUCAUGACUUGAAAGAUUGUGGUCAGCCAGUUCCUGUACUUCAGACACUGCUUUUCAGAAUUGCCAAGUAUUAGAAUUACCAUUUAAGACACUGUCCUGGGUUGCUUUUGUAGAUAUAGAGGUACACAUGACAAAUAGCUGUGCAUUUUUAAAUGUUUUUUGUUUUGUAUAAUGUAAACUGAUUACAAUUUGGAGAAAUCUUGAUCCAUACAAAUAAACCUGGUUGCAAAGCAGU